GCCGGGCAGGAGCCCUCAGCGUGGCCAGUGGCCUGUUGGUGGGGGGAGAUCCAGGCUGGCAACCCCCAGCAGAAGUGAUGGGGUGUGUAGUGGGGGUGGCAUGGACCCAGUGAAGCUCUCCUUCCCCAUCGCCCAGAGCAACUUGAUCUGCACAGCGCCAAGCACGACUCCGGCUGGACACGUUGCACCCGGCCUCAUUGCUCUCUUAGCCGGCUGUGAUGGAUUCCCCUGGAUGUCUAGGACAGCCCGGGGCACAGCGCCGACCGACACCAGGCCCCCUGCUCCGCUCUGAGGAUGCCCGUGGGCCGGGAGCUGCCUUCCAGCAAGCUGCACCCUGAAUGCCAGCCCCAGCUGGCGCCCUCGCCCAUGGACCCGGUUGGCACUGCUUAACACCCUGACCCAUAUCCCCUGCCUGGACCGCCCCAGCGCUUUCUCUGGCAAAGCCUUUGCAGAUGCAAGCUGCCCGGCCGGGGCGUCGUGCCUGGGAGAAGAGCAUGGGGAACAUGGCUCGGGUCGCCGGGGCAUCCCCAGCUGUGGGGAACGCGGUGGUGUGGUGCCUGGCCGUGCUCCAGUCAGCGCUGUCCCAGCCGGUGCAGACGCACAGCCACGCCGAGGAGCGCCUCUUCAAGUACCUCUUCAGCAGCUACAACCGCUGGUCGCGGCCCGUCCCCAACAUCUCUGACGUGGUCAUCGUGCACUUCGGGCUGUCCAUCGCCCAGCUGAUCGACGUGGACGAGAAGAACCAGAUGAUGACCACGAACGUGUGGCUGAAACAGGAGUGGAGCGACUACAAGCUGCGCUGGAACCCGGACGACUUCGACAACGUCACCUCCAUCCGCGUGCCCUCGGAGAUGAUCUGGAUCCCGGACAUCGUGCUGUACAACAACGCCGACGGGGAGUUUGCAGUGACCCACAUGACCAAAGCCCACCUGUUCUCCAGCGGGUGGGUGAAGUGGGUGCCGCCGGCCAUCUACAAGAGUUCGUGCAGCAUCGACGUGACCUUCUUCCCCUUCGACCAGCAGAACUGCAAGAUGAAGUUCGGCUCGUGGACCUACGACAAGGCCAAGAUCGACCUGGAGAGCAUGGAGCUCCAGGUGGACCUGAAGGAUUACUGGGAGAGCGGGGAGUGGGCCAUCGUCAACGCCGUGGGCACCUACAACACCAAGAAGUACGACUGCUGCCCCGAGAUCUACCCCGACAUCACCUACUGCUUCGUCAUCCGCCGCCUGCCCCUCUUCUACACCAUCAACCUCAUCAUCCCCUGCCUCCUCAUCUCCUGCCUCACUGUCCUGGUCUUCUACCUGCCCUCCGACUGCGGGGAGAAGAUCACACUCUGCAUCUCCGUGCUCCUCUCCCUCACCGUCUUCCUGCUGCUCAUCACCGAGAUCAUCCCCUCCACCUCCCUGGUCAUCCCCCUCAUCGGCGAGUACCUCCUCUUCACCAUGAUCUUCGUCACCCUCUCCAUCGUCAUCACCGUCUUCGUCCUCAAUGUCCACCACCGCUCGCCCAGCACCCACAAGAUGCCCAGGUGGGUGCGUGGCGUCUUCCUGGACUUCAUCCCCCGUUGGCUCUUUAUGAAGCGCCCGCCCGGCGCGGGGAUGCUGCUGGGACAGUAUGGCCCGCCCGGUGCCCACCUCAGCACCUCCCGGUGCUGGCUGGAGACGGACGUGGACGACCAGUGGGACGAGGAGGAGGAGGAGGAGAAGGAGGAAGAAGAGGAGAGGACGCGUCCCUGCAGCUCCCGCGGCCACAGCCUCCAGCACCGCUACAGCUGCGGUCGCCACCUGGGCAGGGUGCCGGGGAGCCAGGCCCAGCGGCUGCCCACCAAGGGGGACAGCCCGGGGCCCGAUCCCAGCUUGCUGCUGUCUCCUAGCCUGCUGCGAGCCUUGGAGGGGGUCCACUACAUCGCCGACCAUCUGCGGGCCGAGGAUGCUGACUUCUCGGUGAAGGAGGACUGGAAAUACGUCGCCAUGGUCAUAGACCGGAUCUUCCUCUGGAUGUUCAUCAUCGUCUGCCUGCUGGGGACCAUCGGCCUCUUCCUCCCCCCGUUCCUGGCUGGGAUGAUUUAGGUGGCACUGCUCACAGCUUGCACAGCCUGGCCUGACGCCGGGAUCUGCAGAGCCAGGUGGGAUGAGCACGGCCCCGCGGGGACCCAGGCGGGUACACUCCUCCUGGCGGGGCAUCAGGCCGUGGGCGAUGCCAAGAGGCACCUGGCUUGUGCCAAGGAAAGCCCGUGGACUUUUUCCUCUGCUGGACACAGCAGUGGCUGGACCAAGGGAACAGAGGGCACUUUGGGCUUGAAAUGCACUCAAGCUAGCCGGACACGGGGUGCCUUGCUCAUGCUGGUUUGCAGACCAAGUUCCUCCGAGUUUCUUGGCCAACUCCAACCCCUUCCCCAUCUGCCGUGCCCCCAGACAUAGCGGCAAGAGGCACCGUGUGCUCCAGCCCUGCCUCUGCCCCACUAAGAUGCUGUUGGACACCGGGCCUGGAGCUUGAGAGACCUCUGGGUCUACCCCAGCGGGGCGGCCAGCACGGAGCCUCUUUGGAUGGAUCCAUGCCCAGGUUGGCCUAACCCAGGUGUGAGCAGCCAGGCUGCAAAGCCCCCCACUUGCUGGCAUGGGUAGCUAGGCCUCUGGGGGCAAGGAGGGUGGGACCUCACCUGCUCCAGCCCCCUGCGAUUGCAUUGCACGAGUCCUCUUACACGGCCAUCAAGGCCGAUCUUCGUGGGGGUGUCUGUCCAGGCAAGGCUUGGCAGGACUCUUUCCAGGCCAGCACAUCAGCAUGAAUCAUCCUCGCACAAGAGGGCUGGGACACCAGCCCCAGGCUCCGGCACAGACCUCCAGCUGAAGGAGGAAACCUGGGAUGCGACCUCAGAGACGUGGGGCAUGUAUGGACGGGGAGAGUAGUGGCUAAGGGAGACCCCCGCCCCCCAAGCUAACACUGCAGGCGAGCCCACCCUGGACACACGCCUGUCCACUAUAGCUAUCCUGCCCCUUCCUCGUCCUCCCCAAAAGCUCUUGACGGGACCCAACCUGUAGAAAAAUCCCCCUUUCUGAAGGCAGCAUAUAUUCUUCCAAGCAACCGCUGGUUCCUCUGAGCAGUUUAGGUGCAACUUUUUGCAAAAGGCUGGGGGUUUCCU